CCAAGCAGAGUGCACUACGAUUGGUUGAGAUAGCUUCAUAAUGCGACCAAUGAUGGGGCGCGCCUUUUACAAACUUCUGAAAAUACCGGAAGUUAGCGUCACUUUCUUUUGGUAAGAACGAGUUGAACGAGGAGCUCUUUAAAUAUCAACUGUAACUGAAGGUGUCCGUCAUCAUGGAUUCAUCUUCUGUCCUUGGUCAACAAAGUCAAAACAAAAUUCGUAGUGACUUUGAAAGAGUAAAGAAUGAACAGAACAAAAGACAAGUGGACCCAAAGCCCAACAAACCUCUGGUGUCCUCCCGUCUUUUAAACAAAGAUAUUGAGAACACAAAUCCAGCAGAAUUGGGUCGAAAAGCGCCUUUACAAGGAGGUAUAAGCAAGCUUCCUGUACUAGCCAAGUCCCUCUGUCUUCAGAUGCCUUCACACUUCAAGCAGUCCCACCUCAGGUGGGAAGAAAAACCUUUAGCUGGGAAAGCUAAGAAGACAAAGCCAUGUACCCGGCCCAUACCAUUCAAUUUGUCUAAACCAAAAAACACAAAAAUUGAAAGCAAAAAUCAACUUUCUGUGGCUGCUUUAACAUCAAAGAAUAAUGCCAACAAGCCUGACAGCAGAAUGUUGGAUGCCAAAAGCACUAAACAUCAAGCUGCACUGAGCAGUACCAGGGAUUCAACUGAAGAUGAGUGGAAGCAUCAUGGGAAGGCUGCAAAGAAAGAAUCUCACCUGCCCGGACAGUCUGGUCUGUCCAACACACUGAAAACAUCUGUUGCCUUCUCCAACUCCAUGUCAUCCUCUUCUAGCUCCACAACGAGUGGGAAGGCAGACAUUUCAUCUGUUCAGCCUCCUCUGAGUGCAGAGUUGAGGUUGGAGAGCAUGAAACUGCUCAGUCUCAAAGAAACAUCCACAAAUUCACAAACGGAUCAGAAUUCUGAACCCAUAGACGUGAAGAAACCUCCAAACGAAAUAAAGGACAACUUUCAGCCAGAUCGUUCAGCGCUCCUCAGCAUCCUUCGAAAUGAGGGAGUAGAUGUAUCAAGUCGGGCACCUGCAACUCUGCAAUCCAAACCUUACAGCUACCAGCCUCAACGAGUGUCCGUCAUGAAGGGUAGACUGAAACCUGCACCUUCAACAGCAGGGUUAGUGAGGCGGGGGCAUUUCUCACCAGAUCCUGCCGCACCGCAAAGCAUCCUUCUGACUGAGGGUGUGAAGGCCGGAGGGCCUAUGGGUAUCACACCUAGAAAUUCGAUCUGUCCUCCAGGCAGAGGCACAUCUAUUUAUACAGCUCAGAGGGUACCGGUUCGAAAGAUUCCUGCAGAGAUGACUGGAGGUCCAGUAGCUGCGCUCAAAAAGACUCCACAGACAAAAUGGACUCCACAGAGAGUCCCCAACCCCUCUUAUCAACCCAUGUCGGCUAUGAAGUGGCAUCCGUCAGCCCAGCGCUCACUUCACAAGUCUCCUGGAUUCAAGAGCUGCAAGAGCACACUGCAGAAAGAGGAAGUUGUCCAAAGAUUAUUUUGUGAUGCUGAAGAUGCGGCGGAUGAAGACCUUGAUGCAAAAAAUGGCCAAAGGCAGCUCCCAGUUAAAGCCUCAUCUAAAAAAGUUCUCUUUGAAGAAAAGCCAACAAGCAGUGACAGCAGUGAUGAAGAAGAGAAGCAGGAGACGUUCCUGCCACCGCCAAGAGAGUCUGUCAUUUUUAUGUCCACUGGUAAAAAGCUGUUCAGAGUUUCCCGUUUUGACAACGCCGAACACUUGGAUCAGAAGGAUCAGCAGGGUUCAGUUUUAGACCCACAGAAUGAGCCAAAAGAACACAGUGAAAUGUCAGUGGGAUCUGAACCGAUCCAUCGGAUCAUCCCUUCUGCUCAGCGUGUACAUAAAGACCUCAUUGCUCAGAAGCCCUGCUCUCGGAGUCCUGCAGUGGCAUUUCUGCGUAAGCAUUUUCCUCCUCCGGAGGAGCUGCGAAUGGAUGAGGAGGUUGCCUUCAUCACCUCUUUGUCUUUCCCGUCCAGCAACGCGUGUCCUCCACCCCGGCCUCGGUGUGAAAACCCCCUGGCCAUGAUCUUGCACUUUAAGGAAUCCACUAAAUUUGUUCCAAUUCGCUUGGAUCCGUGUUCUGGUUUGCCUCCAAGCUGCUCUCCGCUGCACGGAUGAUGAUUAUAACACAUUUUUUAUUCUUACUUUUAAAAAGUUCACUUGUAUAAUAUUUUAGUUAUAAAGUAAAAUAAAUACAUUAGAAUAACAA